AGACAGAGCAGUUAAUCCUGUAGUCUUUCACUGUAACUGCACAUUAAGUACGUACAGAUUGAUUGAAAUAGGCACCCUGCCACUAAGAACAAAUACAAGAGGGCCUGAAGUUCCCCAGUUUAAUCCAUCUAUAUGACAUUUUAAAGAGAAAGCAUCAGCCCUUUUGUUUCUGCUUUUAAUGUAUCACUGCAAGUAUCUACUGCUUUUAUUUCAUAUUGUCAAUUAUUUGGUUACAUGCAUUGUGUUGCCAACUGUCUGUUUUAACAUUGUUUUUUUUUUUUGUAAAUGUAACCCAGUGCUAAAGGCAUUUGUCUGUGUAUAUUAAGUUAACAUGAAAACUACACAUUUAAAACAAUAGUUUUUCAAAAGUAUUUCAAUAUAAUUAUAGCACUUAAAGAAAGUAUGCAAAAAUCAUAAUUUAAACUGAAAAGAAACUGUAGCUAAAACCGACUGAUGCAUCAUCAGCAGCAGCAUGGGUCAUAUUCAUACAAAACCAACACCCGACUGUCAGAUGUUAAAAACAAAUCUUUCAGAUGAGAAGUGAAACACUCUCAUAUUCGAAGAAGGGAAGUAUGGUGUUCUUCUGUUUAAUCACAUACAUCUUUAUGUCACUUGAGAACAUCUAAAAAAUCUGUUUUAAUCUGAAAGCUGUUUAUAUAGUUACACUAUAAACAGCUUUUUAUGAUGUGUUUGCUUUUCUAAAAUUAGAAAUUUCACUCUUUUUUUUUCCCCCUCAUGAUUUAUCUGUAGCAUAAAGAAAAGAGGGCUGACACACUUUUCUUACAAUUGCAAUUAAAUCGCACAAGGGCUUCAAAGCCUAAGAGCAAUAUUAAAAUAAGCUGAGCAGCGUCCUCUACUGUCAGCAAAUAAAAAACAAAACAAAACAUGUGUACAUUUUAAUUAAAGGACCAGAAUGCCUAAUGGUUCUUAGCGGCUUUGUUUCGAAAGCCAUUUUAGUUUCUUUACACACUGCCACCUACUGGCCAACGCAGUGUAAGUACAACGAUUGCCGUCAUGUAAAACACACAAUGGCAAUCAGACAAAAAUGCAGAGCACCUGUCUUUUAAGUUUCUUGUCCUUUUCCAGUAUGAGACAUUUGCAGUCACUUCAAAUGCUAUCCGUGGACGGGAGGCUCAUUGUCAGGAGAGCUGCCGAGCGAGUUAGAGGAAGAGAACUCAGGCUCAGGUACAACAGCAACAAGAGCAGCAGGAGCACUUCAGCCAAAAGCAUCAUAGAGAAAAAAAAAAACAAGUCACUCAGCUGUUUCUUCAUUUCCCUACAUCAGGAGAUGUGCACAAUGUUAUGAUAGUCUGCAAAGAGAAGUCAUCUAUCAUUUUAUCUAAAAAAGAUGGAGAAAGACACAGUGAUCUUCUCACCAGGCGGAAGUCCUUCUCAAGGAGACAGGCUAAGGCAAGCACCUCAGCGAGGUUUCUACUUAGGCCCAGCCCCACUUUAUAUCAAGCCCCCAAGAUUUUCUUCACUCAGUUACCCCGGCAUGUCGCCCACCAUAGAUCCCUACAGUGCUUUCACUCCACCUGCAUUCUUCCCCUUGCCCAGCCUUGGUUACGUUCCAAAAGAAGGAUCCCAAAAACGAAAGAGAUUCCUUCUCAAAACAGGUCCCCAGGGUGGUGAAUCACCUGAGAGAGAACAAGGGGAGGCAGAAGAGAGCAGCAGUAAGAAGAAGUUGGACAGCUCUCAUGUCCCCUUCCCACCUCGCUCAAUUUCCUCUUUGUCUUCCAGACUAAUCCCUGGGAUGAUUGAGCUUAAUAGGCUGCAGCUUCAUAACAGAUCAGCAAGUAUGAGUCUACCUGUACAGGUAAAGCAGGAGCCUCCUAGUCCCUCCUCUCUUUGGCCUACCUCCCCUCUCCUUCUCCACCCUCCUUACUUCCCACCACUCGCACACAGUCCUUUCCCGUACCCUGUCUUCAUGCCUGGGCCUAUCAUGCACAUCCCACCCGGUGCCUUUUACCCCAGAGAGGACCCCCGUGCCAGCAAGGCCCCCCAUGAUGAAGCUCCCCGAAGUGAGACGACCAACGCCGAGAAGGCCGGCCUCAACGUCCAUGUGGAUGACAGCUACUAUGUGGACGUUGGCGGGGACCAGAAGAGGUGGAAGUGCCGGAUGUGUGAAAAAUCCUACACCUCCAAGUAUAACCUGGUCACACACAUCUUGGGCCACAAUGGGAUCAAGCCACACGGAUGUCAUCUUUGUGGGAAGCUGUUCAAGCAGCUGAGUCAUCUGCACACACAUCUCCUCACACACCAGGGUAUGAGGCCCCACAAGUGCCAGGUGUGCCACAAGGCUUUCACCCAGACCAGCCACCUGAAGAGACACAUGAUGCAGCACAGUGAUGUGAAACCAUACAGCUGCAGUGUCUGUGGCAGAGGCUUCGCUUAUCCAAGCGAGCUUCGCGCCCAUGAGCUGAAACAUGAAAAAGGCCAGGAGAACGUGUGCGUGGAGUGUGGUCUGGACUUCCCCACCCUCUCCCAGCUAAAGCGACACCUGACUGUCCAUCGUGGUCCCACCUUGUACAGGUGCACAGAGUGCCAGAAGACUUUCCAGUAUCCAAGUCAGCUUCAGAACCACAUGAUGAAACACAAGGACAUUAGACCAUACAUCUGCAGUGAAUGUGGGAUGGAGUUCAUCCAGUCGCACCAUCUGAAACAGCACACGCUUACUCACAAAGGGGUGAAGGAGCACAAGUGUCGCAUCUGCGGCCGCGAGUUCACGCUGUUGGCCAACAUGAAACGUCACGUCCUGAUCCACACCAACAUACGGGCCUACCAGUGUCACAUGUGCUUCAAGAGUUUCGUCCAAAAGCAGACUCUCAAGGCUCACAUGAUUGUUCAUUCGGACAUUAAGCCGUAUAAAUGCAAGCUUUGUGGGAAGGAAUUUAACAGAAUGCACAAUCUAAUGGGCCACAUGCAUCUUCACUCGGACAGCAAGCCAUUCAAAUGCCUCUACUGCCCGAGCAAGUUCACUUUGAAGGGGAACCUCACCAGACACAUGAAGGUUAAACACGGAGUCAUGGACAGGGGGCUGGAUGAAAGAUUGUUUCGUCAAAGAGGACGCCUCUGCCUGACAACACCAAUGGGCCUCAUCUCCCACUUUAGCCAAGAGGAGCCUUUUGACCUCUCCCAGAAAUCUCCAGGCAUGCCCGGCCUGCGUCUCUCGCAGUCUGAUGGUGAAAGCAUCCCAGGAAGCUCCUGUCAGGAGGAGGAUGAGGAGAGUUUGUACAGAAGGAGCCAGUACAGUCCAGAGGUGGACCAGCAAGACCCACCAGGCGUGGACCAGUACAUUCCUGACCUGAAGGAGGGAGAGGAUGGUAGAACUGAUGAAUUUCGAACUGGCAAGAAACUAAAGAAGUACCUAGAAAGUUCAGAGGAUGAAUCUUUGGAAGGACAGAAAAAAGCACAAAGGCAAUUUGGUAAUACGCAUCACCUCUUACAAUCAGAAUCAUCUUAUGAAUCUGAUGCAGAGGUAGAUGAGCAGGCAUACCACACUGAAAGAGUCCACACAGAAUCAUUUGACUAUGACUCGAUUUCUGAAGAUGAGUGUGAGCAAAGCAAACAGGCACUGGAUGGUAGUUAUGAGGCCAUUGAUGUAGCAGAGAAAAACUGAAAGAGCUGUGAAAAGAUAGUUGAUAGAGCACCCAAAUAAUUUACAGGUUAACCCAUGAGAUAGAAAGUGAGAAAAUUUGUCAAUGACAGAAAGUGAUUAGGACAAAACUACAUUAGUCUUUAUAAGCAACUAUAAAAAGUCACACUGUCUGACAUUAAAUUAUCCUUUCCUGCUUUAUUCCUAUUAAAUUUGCCUGAAAUAAGAUUCUUAAACACUUUAUUACUUUCUUCAAAAUCAAAUAUUAAAAUCAAAACAUUAUUAUUACGAUGCCUUCAAACACUUUGAGAAAACCCAGAUGAAGGUUUCAUGGCUUCAUAAGAUUCUGAGAUAUCGAUUCACAACAUUUGAUCUUAAUGGAUUCAUACCUUUGGAUGUAUUUUAAGCCAACAUCUCAAACAUGCUGAUUUCUUGUGUGACAUUAAAUAAAAAAAUUAGCAAAGACAUCUGGAAGAGAAUUGUGGACUAUUUUAAGAAGCAUGAACGUGCCACGUUCAUCUGUUCAAAUAUUAUACCCAAGUAUAAAAACCAUGCGAAUGUCCAUAAUGUUUAGAAAAGAGAGGGAUUCAUAGAUGAAUAUCUUAUUGGUGUGAUAUUAAGCUGAACAACUAUUAAGGAACAAAUAUAUUUUAGUUUAAUUCAGAGAAGAAAAUACUGCUGUGUACAUUUACAGAUCAGAAAAUAGACAUAGACGCUUGAAGCUGUGAAUCGUUACCAAGAUCAGACAUUCGUAAUAUAUUCUGGUUUAAAGGUGGAAUAUAUUUAAUGUACUAGUUUUUUACAAAUCAGUUUGCAAUGUUCGCUCAGAUAUAUUACUUUGCUUUAACUGUGACUGAAUUGUGUUAUUGGGUGUGUUUUAAGAUAUUGUUUUGAGGAAGAUCAUACUAAAGGUAAACUGUAAUCAGGUUUCAACAGCACAAAUUUGACAUUUUGUGUAAGAUACUGUGAUUGAGUUCUUUAUGUCUAAAGUGGGAAUUUGUGUUAUUUUAGAUUAUUUUUCUCAUUUGAUAUUGGUGUUUUGCACCCUACUGAAUUAUAACUGUAGCAAUAAUUAUACGCUUCUGCUGAAUAAACACAGACUUGCAAUUUU